CAUUUAGAAUCAACCUGAGAAUUGUACAGUACAAUUAUGUGUGAGAGAGGAAAGGGUAUAUGUAAAAUUACUUGAAGUUGAAGAAAAACGGCGACGGCAGGUACCAAUGAAACACACGAAGGUGAAGGAAAAUGGCGACGGCAAGUUAGUUGAAGUUAAAAUUAGCAGCAGACAAGAUGACGUCACGAACACGCUAAUUAGGAGGAGGGUGCAGUCCACGCAGGUGAUGACGACAUAUCACGCAGCCUCAUCAGAUCAGGCUGCUGCUCCUGCACGGGUCCACCGGUGAGGGGAACGAACCAGAGCGGACUUUUGGAGCAACUGGUGGAUGAGGACUCGGCGUGCCCCGUCUGCUGCUUCUAAAAAGGCGGGACAAGUGCGGCCAAGUGAGUGGGAGGAACGUGUUGAGGAGCAGCAAGCCUCCAGGGAGGUUAAAGUGAUCCUCGGCACCCAGGAUCCAGGACCAUGGAGCCCUCCGUGUCGACCGAGGUGGAGCCUAAAGAGCGGAGGAAGAUCCAGUUCGCCGUCCCGUCCUCGGCACCCACCAACCUUGACCCCCGGCAAGUGGAGAUGAUCCGGCGUAGGAGACCGACACCCGCCACACUUUUCAGAGUAGCAGACCAGUCGUCACCUGAGGAUGACCAGUCCAGCCAUCAGGUAAAGUGGGUCGUCGGGGAGAACGGAGUCCUGAAACCAAAGCGUGUCAAUCCGAAUGUGUACCAGCCCCCGUCACUCAAAGCUGUGCAGAAGAUGGCCGAGGCGCACAUGCACAACCUCGGUGUCCAUCCUCUGGAGGAGCCUUGUGAGGGCGAGGAGGAUGAAGACCUCUGGCAGGGGGAUGAGGGCGAGCACCGACCUCCCACCAAAGCUCCUGACCACCAGGAGGUCACCGACCAAUCAGAAGCCACCUACGGCGCGAGGGAAACGGACAAGCUCGUCAACCAAUCACAGUUGGGGGCGGGACAAGAAGCGGAAGAGGGCGGUGAAGAAAAGGAUGCGUUCAGGGGACGGACGGAGGAGAGGGAUAACUGAGAGAGAAAUGAGAGUUGUGUGGUAUUUGAUGAGAAAGUAACACAAAGGAGGAAAGAGGGUACGAUGUUGUUAUGACAGAGAAAGGAGAGUUUGUCCAGGUGAGGUCGGAGGUCGUCCCUAAUGAUGAUGAGGUCGGGGGCUUUGACCUCACAUUCACGCAAGGACAAUUCCUUCUGCCGUCAUGCCUCUUUCUGCACGCCGCAGCUAAAACGCUCCUUCAAAUGUUUAAAUCAAACCUUUUUAACUGUCCUUCAAGUGCAAAAAGAAGUGAAAAAGUAAAAAAAAAACUUUUAAAAGUAGUUCGACUUUGGAGGAGACUUUUUUUCCCAGAGAAAUAGUGGAAUUUCGAAUGGUGUGUUAAGAGGUUCCAGUAAGGUAUUUCGAACAGGAUCCUUUUUCUCCUUAUGUGCAUUUGCCGCCAUCUUGUGGCUGCGAGGCGUCACGACAAUGUAUCAGCUUCUGAGGGGCUAAUUAUAACUUUCUAAAAAUGUUUUUAUUAAGUCCAUGCUUAUCAGAUGGCGAGUCUCUGGACAAGGAGAAAUAACAAAACACGUAAUAAUUGUGUAAAAAUGAACAAUCAUAAGUGUGUACUUUUAAAAACGAUUGCUUAAUUGCGCUUUAAGGAGCGAAGCUACCUCUCAAGUCCUCACUUCUUUUCACUUCCUUCUGUCUCAGCACUUUUGAUCUGUUAUCUUUUUUCUUUCUUUUCCAAUCCAACACCUUUCGCCACCCAAACAAGCCGUUGCCGUGGUUACCAUGUGACUGACAGCUCAACAAAAUAAAACUAUUUUGGCUCAAAUUCAACUUUUCUAAGCAUCCAAGAGCUGAAGAUUUAAAUCUUUUUAUUGUAAAAAAGAACUAUGAGCAGCUUAUGUGUGUUUUAAAUUUUACUGGAUGCCCCUUCACCCAUUUCCUUUUCCCUCUCCCGCUGGGUCUGAUGUAUAAACCAAUCACUUAUUAUUUUUAUUGUCCAUUCACUUGUUUCUCAACGUGAUUGUUUUGAAGUGACAUACUGAACAACGACAAAAUAAAACACUUUUACCCUC